CCGACAGCUUUAGGGGCACAUGUGAGUAGGGUCGCAGCCCCUCUCGAAGGGUCUUGGGAGGGUCCCGGGCGGCUGCCAGAGGCAGGCGGAAAGCGGACGGGGUUUAUCUGUCCUGCUGGGGAUGGGCGACUCUGGCACGGGAAAGCUCUGUGAGCUACAGAGUGAUAUCCGUGAGGGACUGACAGCUGCGUCUCCUUACCCUGCGAUCUGUCCUUCAGACACUCAACAGUCACUCAGCUGUGCUUUUUUGCUCUUCUAUGACACUUUAAGGCUACCUUUAUUUGCUAGACAGGCAUCAGCGUCUGAUCUUCCCCUGUGCCAGGAGCUGCAGAAAUCGAUUCCUGCUGUUUACUAUUGAAAGAGACUGGAGGUCAGCUGAUUUUCCAGGCUCAUCAGGUUUCCUCCUCCUCUCCAAGAAAGGUUCUGUCUUUGUGGUACGUUGGCAGAAGAAGAGCAACUGUCUUGAGAGAUGGGAAACGCAUCCAAUGCCUCGGUGUUCAUCUCCACCUUAUCGGAGAGAGAAGAUCUGAUUUUUGGCACGCUCUAUUUAGUCUUUGGCAUUGUGUCUCUUUCUGGGAACUCGCUGCUCCUGCUGGUGGCCUAUCGGAAGAGGUCUGUGCUCAAGCCUGCCGAGUUCUUCAUCGUCAACCUGGCCAUCAGUGACCUGAGCAUGACAGUGACGCUCUUCCCUUUAGCCACCUCCUCCUUCUUUGCACACAGGUGGCUGUUCAACCAUGCGGUGUGCACCCUCUACGCCUUCUGCGGGGUCUUGUUUGGGCUGUGCAGCCUCACCAGCCUGACGGUUCUCAGCACGGUUUGCUGCCUGAAGGUCUGUUACCCAGCAUAUGGCAACAAGUUCUCCCCCUGCCACGCUGGAGUGCUGCUGCUGUGCGUCUGGGCGUACGCUCUGAUGUUUGCCACGGCCCCCCUGGCCGAGUGGGGCAGCUACGGCCCCGAGCCCUACGGGACAGCCUGCUGCAUCACUUGGAAAGCCUCCAGCAGGGAGGCCACGCUCUACAUCCUCGCCCUCUUCAUCUUCUGCUACCUUCUCCCCUGCCUCCUCAUCCUCGUCUCCUACUCGCUGAUCCUCUGGACGGUGCAGGUGUCGCAGAGAGCCGUCAGGCAGCACACGUCCCCCCAGCGCAGAGCCCGCAGCGUGCACAGCCUGGUCGUGAAGCUGAGCAUUGCUGUGUGCCUGGGAUUCCUGGCUGCCUGGACCCCUUAUGCCAUCGUCGCCCUGUGGGCAGUCCUCGGUGAUGCCAGCCAGGUGCCAGCACUGGCCUUCGUGCUGUCAUCUGUCUUUGCCAAGUCCUCGACACUCUACAACCCCCUGGUGUACCUGCUUUUCAAGCCCAACUUCCAUAAGUUCCUCUCCAAAGAUGUGGUUCUCCUCCAGGCCAUUCGCACCCUUCUCUGCGGCGGUUGCCCAAGUGCCACGCUCCAGCCGUUCCCAUCCCCAGGCUUCGCUGAGCCCCCUGGGGUUUGCAGAAACUGCAAUGACACCUUUGAGUGUUUCAGUAACUACCCCAAGUGCCACAAACUCCCGCAGGUGCCGGGCAGCCCACCCCGGCACGCUCCCUUGGCUAUCCUGGCCGACGGAGCUGCUUGCCAGCCAGGCUUGAAGAGGACGGUGCAGGUGAUGGUGCUCGUCACUCGGAAGAGGUCAGGCCUGGGUGCUGCCAAUGUGGUGGGGGAAGCUCUGCCAUCAGAUAUUGUGAAAGACCUUCUCUGAGCUCAGCCGUGCCUCGACGCCUCCUACCAGCGCACCGGAAGGCAAAUCCAAGCGCAAGUUUUCUCUCACCUACAUAUCUGAUGGGUUCUCAGCAUAUUCUACCGAUGAAGGGACACAGAAAUUUGAGACCAGCCUUGCCUCUGCCUCUGGUUUGGCUCUUGCAACUCUGAGCCUUUGCACUUGCCAAGAAAACAAAAAUUGAUGCCAGUGCCUGAAGUCUGCCCAGGGUGCAAGUCCAGGGUGCAGCUUCUCCUGCCGCUUGCUCUCUGGGCCUUUGGCCUUGUUUUUUCCAUCUUGGUGCUUUGAUGACCGAGCAGGAACUUGGUUAUCUUGAGAAACUGCCUCGCAGGGAGGGCCCGAGAGGCGUCCUACCUCCAGCGUCAGCUCCAACAGCCCCUGCUGACCGUGUCCUUUCCCACCGAGGAGCGGGACCGUGCCGCUCAGCUACCUCACUUGAGAUUAUGAAGCGUCUUUACAUACCUCUUGAGAGACUGCUCUCUGCGCGACUCCACUCCCUUGAUUUGAAUGCAAACCCAGCACCGUCCUAUAGAUCAAAGUGGGAGUUUAGUUUAGAGUAAGGAUUUGGGGUUAAAAUAAUCCUGGUGAGAGUAAUAAUUCCAGAUCAUGCUUUUCAGGCAGGGAAUGGUGAACCUGUGGCUGAGCACCAUCCUGGAGAAGGAGCUUUGUCUGUGGGGUGUCUCCCAGCGUGUGGGGUGACGGGGAGCUCACAGUGCGCUGCUGGGAGGGGCAGCAGCUGCCUGGGCUAAGGCAUCUCGUGGGCUUGUCGUCAGCAUCAGCCGGAGCACUUCACCCAUACGAGGAGUCUAGGAUGAAAAGAACCGAGAAGCUGCGAAGAGGCCCGAUACAAAGCCACCAUCAGAAAAGUCCCCACAUUAUCUGCUGUGCAGGUGCAGGACGGGCGGCAGGUGUCUCUCUCCAGGUCACACGCGGGCAGCCCGCUGGGGACCGAGCCUGGGGCUCCCUGUCCCAGCGCCAGCGGACGCGGCCUUGGUUGGGCAUGGCUUUGCAUUGCAGAGGGUGAAUGACACAGACAGGGUGGAUAUACCCCAAAAAAUUAAAAGAUGCUUUUGAGGUGAUGAGAAGAGUCAGUAGCAGAGGUGGCACCCAGCUGGGCAGUUGCUGAUGGGAGCGCUUCACAUUGUCACUGAUCAAUGAAUGAAACCACCCCACAGCCCCUGGCUGGAGCCGCACCGUUAAAUCAUGGGUGUGCUAAAUGGGAAUAGUGACCCGUUUUCUGCAUGGAGUGCUGGGAAAGACCCGCUGUCCCGGUGCCGUCACUGGCUGUGCCCUGCCUGCCCGCUCCGCCUGUGAGCCGACCCCGCGCUCUCCCUCCUCCCUCUGCUCUCCAGACACACAUAUUGCUAUUUUUAGCAGUCGCUCCCCGAACCGAGAUGUAUCUCUGCCUUUUCUUAGCACAGAUACCGCAGCCUCCUCUCUUCCGAGGACACCGAGCACCUCACAAGAGGCCCUCUGGCUGCAGGGGUGCGCAGAGGUGCCGAGGGGUGGCUGUGCAGACGCUCAGCACCCAUCAUUCAACCAAACCAAGCGUUAAGAGCAGGAGCCAGGCUUUUUGCCUGGGGUGUUAUGGCACUGCAGGUGGCACUGGCGCCAGCGUGAGCCCUGCAGUGGGGAAAGAGGUUGCUGCUCGCAGAGGCGCCCCGCCGAGGGGCAGAGGGUCCUGUCCCCGCUUUCCGCCUGUGCCGUCGUUACUGGCGGCUGCUGCACAGCUGCCAUCGGCGCAUGACAGCAUGGCAGUCGUGGCAUUUGCUUUGUCCCUCGGUCAUUUCCGCUUAGCCACUUUAAUUAGCAGUUUUCCUGCGACGGGAGAGAGUCAUCAAUACAUCUGAGGUGCCCUUGCAUCCUCCCAGGAUGGGGUUUGCCCGCAUGGGAUAGCUGCAGGUGCAGAUGGUCGGGGCAGGGUUUAUGCACAAGGGUCGAGUAAUAACUGAAAAGCCACGUGAGGAGCGAAGCUCACACCUUCGCUUCCUCCCCCCCGCUAUGCAACACCCCCCACCCAGCACAAAGAUGUGCAAUAUUUGCAAAACGCUGCAAACAAACAAAUCCUAACCCAGGCAGACGGUGAAGAGAGAGGACAGAGUUUCCAAUGUAGAUUGGUGUUUCUGGGAGGGUCAGUCACUGCCUGGCCAGGGGCACCACUACUUGGCCCUUCCCACCCCGCAGCUCCGGAUGCUGCUCGCCUGCCCCAGGCAUCCCGGCACACGAGGGAAUCAC